AUACAUCAACGGACUCACACAGGGGAGAAACCAUUUAAAUGCCUGGAGUGUGGAAAGAGCUUUAGUGAAAAUGCAACCCUUAGAAUACAUCAACGGACUCACACAGGGGAGAAACCAUAUCAAUGUAUGGAGUGUGGAAAGAGCUUCAGUUUCAAUGCAACCCUUAGAACACAUCAACGGAUUCACACAGGGGAGAAACCAUAUCAAUGUAUUGAGUGUGGAAAGAGUUUCAGUCAGAGUGGUCACCUCAAUAUACAUCAACGGACUCACACAGGGGAGAAACCAUUUAAAUGCCUGGAGUGCGGAAAGAGCUUUAGUGAAAAUGGAAACCUUAGAACACAUCAGCGGACUCACACAGGGGAGAAACCAUAUCAAUGUAUGGAGUGUGGAAAGAGCUUCAAUUUCAAUGCAACCCUUAGAAUACAUCAACGGACUCACACAGGGGAGAAACCAUAUCAAUGUAUGGAGUGUGGAAAGAGCUUCAGUUUCAAUGCAACCCUUAGAACACAUCAACGGAUUCACACAGGGGAGAAACCAUAUCAAUGUAUUGAGUGUGGAAAGAGUUUCAGUCAGAGUGGUCACCUCAAUAUACAUCAACGGACUCACACAGGGGAGAAACCAUUUAAAUGCCUGGAGUGCGGAAAGAGCUUUAGUGAAAAUGGAAACCUUAGAACACAUCAGCGGACUCACACAGGGGAGAAACCAUAUCAAUGUAUGGAGUGUGGAAAGAGCUUCAAUUUCAAUGCAACCCUUAGAAUACAUCAACGGACUCAUACAGGGGAGAAACCAUUUAAAUGUAUGGAAUGUGGAAAGAGCUUUAGUGAUAGUGGAACCCGUAGAAAACAUCAACAGACUCACACAGGGGAGAAACCAUUUAAAUGUCUGAAGUGUGGAAAGAGCUUCAGUCAGAAUGGAGACCUUAAAGUACACCAGCGGAUUCACACAGGGGAGAAACCAUAUCAAUGUAUGGAGUGUGGAAAGAGCUUCGGUUUCAAUGCAACCCUUAGAAGACAUCAACGGACUCACACAGCGGAGAAACCAUUUAAAUGCAUGGAGUGCGGAAAGAGCUUCGGUUUCAAUGCAACCCUUAGAAGACAUCAACGGACUCACACAUCGGAGAAACCAUUUAAAUGUAUGGAGUGCGGAAAGAGCUUCAGUUGGAAUGAAGAACUUAAAUUACACCAGCGGAUUCACACAGGGGAGAAACCAUAUAAAUGUAUGGAGUGUGGAAAGGACUUCAGUCAGAAUGGACACCUUAGAUCCCAUCAACGGACUCACACUGGGGAGAAACCAUUUAAAUGCAUGGAGUGCGGAAAGAGCUUCAGGCAGAAUGGACACCUUAGAAAACAUCAGCAAACACACAGGGGAGAAAUUGUUUAAAUGUAUAGCAUAUGGUAGGAGCUGCAGUCAACGUGGAACGCUUGAUUUAUGUCAACAAAUUCACACAAAAAAUAAGCCUUAUAAAUAUAAGGAAAGUUGAUAGAGUUUCAAUCCUAGUGGAAGUCCUACAUCAACAGACUCAUGGACAGGAAGAACUUUAGGAGUGAAACCCUACAAACCAUCAACAAACUCAAAGAGGAGAAGCAGUUUAAAUGAAAAGAUUGCAAAAAGUGCUUUAUUUACAAUGUAGUGUUUAAGGAACAUCCAGGGACUCUCACAUGGAAGAACCCAUUUAGAUGUAUGGAGUGUGGGAUGUUUUCCUUUCAGUGUCCACUCUUUCUUCACAGCAAU